AUGAACGAGGACUCACUUUCUAAUUGUCCUCUCGGCCGAGGCAGCCGUCAAGCUGUACGUUGUAAUUGGAGGGCUUUUCCUCUUCACUCGGCUCCAUUCAUCUGUUGUCCUCGCGUAAUUCGCCAACUUCCGCGCCCCACCAGACGCCCCACUCCUACAAUGCACUGCGGUCUGCCUUGCUUUGUGUCGUUUCCUCCACUUUCACAUCUUCUUUCCUUUUUUUCCCCAUUGACCUCGCGCAAAGUUAUAUUUCCACUCACACUCUCCGCCUGUGGGCGAGUUAAUUUGUCCCGACCGGCGUUCUGCCUUCCGCUGAUCCACUUUCUCGCGUGUCUAGUUCAGGAGGCUCUAUUUGCUCGGUUUGUCAGACGCGACACCGGCCCCUGCUGUCACACUCGGAGGGUAGUGGUUCGCUUCGGGCAUUGCUCUUUCAGGCGUCUUCAUAUCCCAUCCGACCAUCCGUUUCUGCCCAUUUUAACGCUCAUCUCAUUUGGACCAUUAUGGCCGGCUCUGCUCCGCGGUCUGCCCUCGAGCCCAGCCAAACAUGCGAUGCACAAAUGCGCAUCCACGCCUCUCUGUCGCCAAAUGGGCAACUUGGCCUCUCCUGCUCCAGUCGCUAAUCUCGUGCAACACACUCUUCUACUUGCCCUACACUCGGAUCGGGUUCGCUCUUGUCUUCGGCUGCGUCUCCCACGUCCUCGUAACGCUUUGCUGCAAAUGCUUCCUACGCCUUUUUCGAAAACCGCCCAUUUCUGUUUAUAG